UCUUGGGCAGGACGAAUUCUUCGUGAACUCUACAAAACUCAAUUCGGCGAGAACAUAAAUCUAGAGAGAGAAAUGGAUCCCAAAUUCACAGAGGUUUCACAGCUAUUCGAGCGAUUCAAAGCAGCUAUUCUCCGCAAAGAUUUUGAUACUUCUACCAAGCUUCUGUCUCAGCUCAAGAUAGCAUUGACAGGAUUCAAGAGUCUGCCUCCAUUGUUUGAAAAAACUCCAAAUGCUGUCCAUGAAAUGACACUCGCAAGGGACAUUUAUGAGCAUGCAGUUGUCCUGAGCGUGAAGAUUGAGGAUCAGGAUGCUUUUGAGAGAGACUUUUGCCAACUCAAGCCUUAUUAUACUGAUACUGCUGUUCAUCUCCCACCUUCUCCUCAGGAGUAUCCAAUUCUAGGUCUCAACCUGCUAAGACUUCUUGUGCAAAACAGAAUAGCUGAAUUCCACACUGAGUUGGAAUUACUUUCUGCUAGUGCUUUGGAGAACCCUUGUAUCAAGCAUGCUGUCGAGCUGGAACAAUCCUUCAUGGAAGGAGCAUAUAACAGGGUGCUGACUGCUAGACAGACUGUACCUCAUGAAACAUAUGUCUAUUUCAUGGACUUACUUGCAAAGACAGUCAGAGAUGAGAUAGCUGGGUGCAGUGAGAAGGCAUAUGACUCUCUUUCCUUAAAUGAUGCACGUCAAAUGCUGCUGUAUUCGUCAGAUAAGGAAGUAGUUGAAUAUGUCAAGGAGGAGCAUCCUGAGUGGGAGAUCAAGAACGGGUUUGUGUUUUUCCAAAGAGCUAAGGAAUCUGUACCUUGCAAGGAGAUUCCAUCGUUGCAGCUGAUCAACCAGACACUCAGUUAUGCGAGGGAGCUGGAGCGCAUUGUGUGAGGGGACUAUAAGAGCAAAUGCCACUCUUAUCCGUGCUUGCUUCAUUUAAAUUGUCCAUUUUGGUAGCAUCAUCAACCAUGCUCUCUAAAAUUUUCGAAAAAAAAAAACUAAGGUUGGUGACCAAUCUCUUGUAUUGAGGGAAUUCAUGUACUCCCUACACUUUGACUUCACCUUGUCUUUUAAGCUAAAUUUUCAGAAUUCAAACCAUGAUUUAUUUC